AUGCCACCGGAAGCACGCUAUUAUCAGAACCCUGGCAGUCCACUCUCACACCUAGAUUACCACACCGAGCUCCUUGCUUCGCUAGGUCGCAUCAAUAUCUACAACCCACCCGUGGCGACCUGCUCAACAGGUUGGAGAUUCAGCGGCUUGUACAGCGGCCCUACAGGCAUAGCAUACUUGUUCUAUCGCCUAUCCGAGCUCCACCCUGAUCUCGAGUUCAAGCAACAAUCUUUGUUGGAGUGGGCUGAAGCUUACUUAGCACUAGGGAACCAUGUCAAGAAACACAACCCAGAUGCCAGCCAUUGCGGAAUUGCAAACGAGACACUUGCUCACACGGCGGUAAGCAGCCUGAUCUUGAACGACACCAGUCUCGCGGAGAAACUGUGUGCGUACGAGAAUAUCAUCAACGACGCCAGCAAUGACGGGAGCAACGAGUGGCUCUACGGACGAGCAGGAUAUCUCUUCUUCCUUCGAGCCUGCAGGAGACACUUUGCAAAAUCCAACCACACCAGUACAGUCGAUAGACUCACCAGCACAAUGAAGAAAACCACCAAGCGGAUCGCAGAAGUGCCUUUGCCAUGGACGUGGCAUGGGAAGGAAUAUCUCGGCGCAGCGCACGGCACCAUAGGCAUCAUUUCGCAAUGCAUCCUAUCCGACCCUAGCACAUCAGAAUUACUGACAGACGCCCUCGAACAAACCCUCGCAACACAAUACCCAAGUGGAAACUUCCCAUCCUCAAAUCCACCAUAUCACGAUGAACUAGUACAGUUCUGUCACGGUGCACCAGGUUUCGUCAUCGCUCUACAGCCUAUCUUAGGGCAUUUCAGCGAUAGGACGAAAGUGCACAAGCACAUCACACACGCAAUGCAAAUUGCACAAGACACAAUCUGGGAAAGGGGAUUGUUGACUAAGGAUCCCUGUCUUUGCCACGGUAUCGCAGGUAACGCCCUGGCUCUAGAUGACCAGGAACGAUUCGAGACUUUUCUGAGCCUGAUGACAGCGGACUCCUUGGAGCAGAAUGGAUGGCUCCAGGAAGCCGGACAUACGGAUAGAUUUGCUAGCUUGUAUGAUGGAGAGGCUGGACGAGCUUGGGUUUGGGCUGUUGCUGACAAGGGACUGGGCGUGAAAGGAGGGUGUAUUGGGUUUAGUGAUGUUUGA